GGGGUGGGGCCAGGCGGAGGGCGCAGCGGCCAGCGGCGGGUCUAGCGCUCCAUCCCUCCCCCGCUCCCUCGGACGGCGCCGCUUCCCGUGCCGGGCCCGGCAGGUGCGCCGGUCCCCUCGGCGUGUCCCCCCCACCCUUCCCGCCUCCGGUGUCCUCCUCCUCCUCCUCCUCCAGGCUGGCCGCCAUGCUGCCCCCGCAGCACGCCCUCCCCUGCAACCUCAACCACCUGCGCCUGCAGCACGUGGCGCUGGGGCUGCGCCUGGCCCGCCGGCCCGAGCUCCGGGAGGGGACCCCCGGGGGGCCGCCCCCCGCCCCGGGGCCCCCCCCCCGCCACCUCCGCCCCGCCGCCUCGCUCGACGCCAACUCCAACAGCCCGGCCGUGCCCUGCCGCUGCUGCCGGGGGCACGGGCUCCAGACCGCCGGGGGGCCGCCCCGCCGCCCCGACGACGAGGAGGAGGAGGAGGACGACGACGACGGAGGACGGGCCCGAGACCAGGCCCAGGUCCAAGACCAGGCCCAGGCCCAAGUCCAGGCCCAAGACCAGGCCCAGGCCCAAGUCCAGGCCCAAGACCAGGCCCAAGUCCAGGCCCAAGACCAGGUCCAGGCCCAAGACCAGGUCCAGGCCCAGGCCCAGGCCCAAGUCCAGGCCCAAGACCAGGUCCAGGCCCAGGCCCAGGCCCAAGUCCAGGCCCAAGACCAGUUCCAGGCCAAAGCCCAGGCCCAAGACCAGGCCCAAGUCCAGGCCCAAGACCAGGUCCAGGCCAAAGCCCGGGCCCAAGACCGGAUCCGGGCCCAAGACCAGGCCGAGGUCCAGACCCAGGCCCAAGCCCAGGCCCGGGCCGGGCCCCGGAGCCCGGCCCCGGCCCCGUGCUCCGAUGGGACCCCGGAGGCCGGGCCGCCGCUGGACGCCAACCGCAACGCCGUCGCCGUGGCGUCCUCACCCCCAAGCCCCCCGCGCCGCACCGUCACGUCCUUCCACGAGCUGGCCAAGAGGCGCAAGCGGGGCCCGGGCCCUCCGCCCGCGCCGGUCCCCAAGGAGCGGGCCGACUGGCUGAUCGUCUUCUCGCCCGACGCCGAGCGGCCUCCCGUCGGGGCCCCGGCCGGCCCGGGCCCCCCGGCCCGCCGGCCGGUCACCUUCCGGGAGCUGCGCCUGCAGCGGCGUCCGCCUCCGCCGGUCCCCCCGCGGGACCCCCCGCGCGUCCGGCCCCCGGGCCCCGCCCGCCCGCCCCCGGUGCCCCCGCGGAGGAAGAAGACGCGUCCGGGCGGCCUGCAGCCCAUCGCCGAGGGGCGUCCGGGGGCGUCCGGCCGGGGGGAUCGGCCCGGCGGGGCGGAGGAGGGUAAGGACGAGCGGGGGACGGCGGGGGCCGCCCCUCGGCCUCCGCUCGCCUCCCUGGGGUCGGGCCUCGUGUCUUCCCGCCCUUUCGAGGAGGAGGAGGAGGAGGGGCGGCGGCGGCUCCCGGUCCGCCUGUCCCCGGUGGGCGCCUACUCGCCCCCGGCGCGCGGCGCGCUCCCCUGCCUGCCCAGCCCGGAGCUGGCGCUGCUGCUGCUGUCCCCGCUCUUCCCCCGGGGCGGCACCUUCCCCGCCGCGCCCCCGCCCCGCCAGGUCGCCGGUCCGUGGCCGCCGCCGCCGCCGCCGCCGCCGUCGAAGCCCCGGAGCCGGACCCCGCCCCCGCCUUCGUCGUCGUCGUCGUCGCGGUCGUUGGCCGGUUUGCCCGGGACCCCCCGGCUGUGCAUGGAGGACGCCGAGCGGGCAGCGGACCGGCCCCACGACCGGAAGAAAGGGCUCCUGGUCGCGGUCAGCGCCUCGGUGGACAAGAUCGUCGCCCACUUCGGAGCCGCCCGGAACCUCGUGCAGAAGGCCCAGCUGGGGGACAGCCGGCUGAGCCCCGAGGUGGGGCACCUGGUCCUGGGCGGCCUGUGCCCGGCGCUGCACGCCCUGGUGGCCGACGGGCUGAAGCCCUUCCGGAAGGACGUGAUCACGGGUCAGCGACGCAGCAGCCCCUGGACCGUGGUGGAGGCCUCCGUGCGAGCCGACCCCCGCGGAGGGUCCCUGGGAGCCCUCCACCGCCAGAUCUCCCGCCUGACGCCCCUGGGCAGCAGCCGGAGCCGCUUCCACGCCUUCGUCCUCGGCCUGCUCAACACCAAGCAGCUGGAGCUGUGGUUCUGCCGCCUUCAGGAGGAUGAAGGCCUCCUGUCCGUCCUCUACGUGCCCUCGGCCUUCCUGUGGCCGGCCCGAGAGGCCCGCCCGCCGCCGGCCCGGGAGCUGCUGCUCCUGCUGCAGCCCCUGUCGGUGCUGUCCUUCCGCCUGGACCUGCUCUUCGAGCACCGCCACCACCUGCCCCCCGCGGGCCCCUCCGACCGGGCCCCGCCGCCCCCGCCGGCCCCGGGCCUGCAGCAGACCGUGCGGGCCGUGCUGGGCUGGGGCCGGCGCCCGGCCCCGGCCCCUCUCCCUGCCGUCCCCCCGCCGGACGGCUGGUGGGGCCGGCUGACCCGGGCCACCCGCGUCUACGCCUCCGGGCCGGGCCGGCCCCGGGGAGGCCAGACCCCCGACGGGGAGGCCGGGGCCGGGCGGAGCCGGUGGCUGGGACGGCCGUUCGGCGUGCCGGGAGUCGCGGUGGAGGGCGAGAGCGGCGCGCCGAGGACCAGGAGACCCUCCAGCUGGUUGCCCCCGGCCAUCAACGUCCUGGCCCUGGUCAAGAAGGGGGAACUUCCCCAGCCGGAUCUCAGGCCCGAGGACCCCGAGGACCCCGAUCAUCCUGCUCCCAGCCCGCCCCAGGCCCACAGGGCGGUCCGAGCGCUGUGCGACCACGUGGCGGCGGGGCCGGACCAACUCAGCUUCCAGAAGGGGGAGAUCCUCCGGGUGGUCUCCACCGUGGACGAAGACUGGCUGCGCUGCGGCCGGGAGGGGGCCGAGGGGCUGGUGCCGGUGGGCUACACCUCCCUCAUCCUUUAGCACCGGCCCCGCUUCGCCGCCCCCCGCCCUCGUGGGAGCGGCUUCCUUCACACCUCCCCCCCUCCCCGGAAUGGAAUGGCCCUGCUCUAGUUCCCCCCCCCGCGUUCCCGCUGUACAAUGGAACGUCCCGGGGGCGCCCCCCCCGCACCCGUAUGUAAAUGGAACGUCCCGCGUAUCCGCCCCAUGUAAAUGGCCUCGCCCACGUCGCUCCGGAAGGGGAACCUCCCCCCCCAACCUUCCCGUGAAUGGAAUGUCCCACUCCUCGGCGCGCGUGCGCGUCCCCCCCCGCCUUUCCGAUGGCUCCGUCCGCAGCCCUGCCCGGAGUUGGGUCAAGGGCGGGCAGCGGGACCGGAAGCGGCCCAAUAAAGUCUCAAGGAGUGGA